AUGAAUGAUUAUAAUGACCAAGCGUUGCAUGGAGAGGACUUUCCUUUAUCAACUUACAGGAGAAGAUUUCAAGCUAGGGAGAAGCUUUUAUAUACUAUCUCAGGAUUGGAAUAUGACAUCAACAAUGUAAUUGGAGCAGGAAUUUUCGUAACACCUAGCAGCGUGUGGAGAUUAGUACAAUCGCCAGGAGCUACCUUAAUGCUUUGGCUUGCUGGUGGUUUUAUAAGUUUAUUUGGUAGCAUGAUUUAUGUUGAG